CAGUCGCACUGAAAACAAUCAUCAUCAAAUCCUGACACGACUUGACUGAGAACAGAUCUUUACGUUCAGUUAUUCUGUAAUGAAGAACUGUAGCCAUGGUGUCAAAUGACAAUCUGACGACAUAUUUAUUAGAGGUCAUCCAGUCACACCUGGCUUUGACCUGUGCUUUACUGCUGGCCUCUCUCGCUGCCCUCCGCUGGUACAUCAGAGAUUCCUACAGAGUUGACGGCUUCAACCACAAGUACGUGCUCAUCACCGGCUGUGACAGCGGCUUUGGGAAUCUGCUGGCCAGGCAGCUCGAUGGAAAAGGCCUCCACGUCGUGGCCGCGUGUCUCACGGAGGAAGGUGCAGCGGAUCUGGCAGCAGCGACCUCCCCCAGACUGAAGAGCCUUCUGCUGGAUGUUACAGACAGUGAGAGCAUCCGGAGGGCGGUGGAGUUUGUGAGCAGAGAGGUCGGAGGGCGAGGUCUGUGGGGUCUGGUGAACAAUGCUGGCAGGGCCGUACCCAUCGGUCCAACAGAGUGGAUGAAGUUGGAGGAUUUCAAAAAGGUCCUGGAUGUGAAUUUGAUAGGAGUUAUUGAGGUGACGCUCCAGUUUCUGCCUCUGCUGAAAAAGGCCCAGGGCAGGGUGGUAAACGUGGCCAGUGUUCUGGGCCGACUGUCUCUCACCGGCGGAGGAUACUGCCUGUCCAAAUGGGGAGUGGAAGCCUUCUCCGACAGCCUCAGGAGGGACAUGCACCAAUUCGGCAUCAAAGUGAGCAUUAUCGAGCCUGGCUUCUUCAAGACAGGUGUUACCAGACUGGAUCUGAUUGAAGCUGACCUGAGGAGGCUGUGGACCCGCCUCCCUCAAGAUGUCAAAGACUCCUAUGGAAAGACAUACUUUGAUGACUAUGUGAAAGCUCAGGACUUCUCCAUGGGCAUCUUGUGCAGUCCGGAUAUCUCUAAGGUGACCAGGUGUAUGGAGCACGCACUGACAGCUCGCUUCCCACGCACACGUUAUGGUGCAGGCUGGGAUGCCAAGUUUUUUUGGAUUCCUCUGUCGUACCUCCCUUCAUUUGUGUCAGACUUUGUUACCAACCUGUUUCUUCCUUUACCUAAGGAUCAAAGAAAUGACUAACAGGCUACUAAACUAAACAGUAUGACAGAUAGUUGUUGUCAAAAAUAUUUUGUGACAAUAUCAUUUUCAAAAAAAGUUUCAAGACUGGUGUUACAAAAUAGGAAAUUUAUUCAUUUCAUGUCUCAGCAGCAGCAAUUUAAACCAUAUGGGCAAGUUGUGAAUGAUCACACAGUUUUUAUUGGGCUCAUUAUGAUACAAAAUAAAUCAUUCUGUAAAGUAAAGAAUUGAUUCACCGUGUUUAUAAAACGACCUUCUACAUCUGCAUCCAGGCAUCAGGUCAAGUGUUGAUCUUCAAGAUAAUCAACUACAUACAUUUAUUUCUAUGCAAAACAAUCAUGGCCACAUUCAAGUUUUGCUCCAAACAAUUCUGGCCAUUUUUCCAAUAUCAUUACUAAAAAAAUGAUCAUGUUGAUUCAAAUUCACAAGAUGUCAGGGAACAUAAUUAGUAUGAUCAAUUACAUUAAGUAUGCUUUGCACACAUAUUUUAACUUGUGCACCUGUUUUAACUAUAGCUCACAUCUUUGAAAAAUUGAAUGGCACAAGUUAAAAUCCAAUUAUUUUGAUCUUGCUUUUGUUUAGUUUCCAGCCCUGAAAUGAGGUAUAUAAACAUGAAAGAUGAAGUAAAUACAUCUUCAGUUUUGUUCAGUGGCAAAAAAUAUCAUUGCUCAACACAUUUCUCUGAUAACCUUCAAUCAUAUAAGUCCUGUACAUUCAGAAUGCAGCUCACUUUUCAUCUGUUAUUGUGUUUAUGUUUAACUAUUCAUAGCAUCUAUUUCAAAGAUAUUUUCUGACAAAAUCAUACUGUUCAAAUUUACAAAUAUACAAUUUAUUUAUCAACAUUUCUAUCAGCAGCUUCAGUGCAAAGAUAUACAUAUUGUACAUCAGAAUAAAGAAAAACAUUAACACAAGAA